CUUAUCUGAACAUGGAUAUGGAGAUAAGUUAGUGUAUAUAAGAUCCACUUUUUUUCCUCUGGUCCAACAGAUUCACACAGGAGAGCCACCGAGUGAAUCCUUCUUCUGCAGCUCACUGAUCAUAGUCAUUGUCUCCAUCGUCUUCAAAAGGAUGUUGACUCUUUCUUUGCUUGUUUGUGCCUUAAUUGCUCUGGCCAGAGCUGAUGCUACUUGCCCUGAUAAUUGGAGUGAGUUUGGAGGUCGCUGUUUCCACUACGUUUCAGUAAAGAUGACCUGGGCUGAGGCUGAGAAAAACUGUCAGUCCAUGAAAGCAAACCUCGCAUCGGUACACAGUGCUGAAGAGAAUCAAAACAUUCAGAAGGUGAUAAAAGCUACAUCAUUGAAUGAAUCACGGACAUGGAUUGGAGGCACUGAUUGCCAGAUGACAAAUCUCUGGCUCUGGAGCGAUGGCAGUCAAUUUGUAUUUUCAGAAUGGAUGCCGGGGCAACCAGACAAUUGGGAAAAUAAUGAGGCUUGUAUAGAGAUAAAUUAUGGAGAAGAAGGCAAAUGGAAUGAUAUACCGUGUUCCUUUCGUCGUCAAUCCCUGUGUGCCCUCAGUCUGUAAAUGAUGCUGAGCCGAUGCAAAGAGUUGCUGCACCCACCAGAUUUUGACAUCAGCUUCCAGUAUUAGCAGGCCUUUUUUGGUUUUCUGGUUCACUGUAACAGCAAACAGGAGCUAGAUUUCCUAUUAGGUCUAUAAUAAGAGGAGGCUGGAUGUAUUAUGAGUAGAAUAGUUCAAGUUUUAUUCUGAAAAUAUAUAUAAUUUUUUUCCCGUAUGCUUUUACAAAUCUACAUCAUUCAAACAGCCUUUGUCUUAGAACUUCUGUCAAACCUUUUCUUGCUGUGUUUUGUAAUGUUUUUUUCCCUUUUUGUGCAUCAUGACACCAGAGCAAACAGCAACCUUUGUACCUACAUCAUAGUGUUAAGCACCAUUUUAGUCAACAUAUACUGCAUGUCACUGUCAGAAAGGAAAAUAAUAUCUGAAGAGACGCGUUUUUUUGUCCUAUUCAUUCUAUAAUGUUAUAGUGCCACCAUGUGGACAAACAUGCUACAUGAUUCCUUCUGCAGUGGUAAAUAAAGUAUGACUAAAGAUAAAACAUCA